UGUCUCAUUUUAGUCCAUAAUAUUUUAAUUCUACCAAAUUUACCCUUUGCAACCCCUGCCGUAUUGUGUUCGUAGUGAAGAGAUUGAUUGUAGGGUUUCAUUUGUCCCCAACUCUCCCUCUCCAUCUCCCUUGGCCUCUGCCCCUCAUUUCUCACCAUCUCUUCUACUCCAGAGCUCGCGGAGAUGGAUGUGAAUAAGCUAAAGAAGAUGGCUGGUGCAGUUCGUACAGGCGGAAAGGGUAGCAUGAGAAGAAAGAAGAAGGCUAUUCACAAGACCACGACUACGGAUGACAAAAGGCUUCAAAGCACCCUGAAGAGAAUAGGGGUGAAUGCCAUACCUGCAAUAGAAGAAGUCAAUAUUUUUAAGGACGACGUGGUUAUCCAAUUCAUAAACCCCAAAGAAUUGCAAGAUAUCCUUCCUGGAAUUAUUAAUCAAUUAGGGUCAGAUAACUUGGACAACUUGAGGAAGCUGGCAGAGCAGUUACAGAAGCAGCAACCUGGUGGUGGUGCAACCAUGGCGCCAGAAGACGAUGACGAUGAUGUCCCAGCACUUGUGCCGGGUGAGACUUUUGAAGCUGCUGCAGAGGAGGGCCACGCAUCUUAGAAUUUUUACAAGUGGUUUUUUUGUCAUUUGUUAUAUUCCCAAAAUUUGUUUUUUUUUUUUUUUUUGAGUUUUUCAUGUGGUGUUUCUUGGUGACAUAUUAACUUACUGUUACCUGGAUAGUUUGGUCGAUAAUCAACUUUGCUUCUCCCAUAAGUGCUUGGCAGUGUUCUAUAUGCUAGUCUGAUGAUUAGAAUUCAACUUUGCCAUGCAGAUCUGUGUGCGCGAAUUAAGUUCAUUUAUCCAUUUGCCCUUCUUCCAUUGUUGUCCGAGUCUUUAUUUUAUGUUGAAAAAC